AUGACCGCCUCUCAAAGGCUUGACCGGUAUUCCGUUAUUCUACUGACCGGUCGUGACGACUAUGCGGAUUUGCAAAGUCUCAAGCGGAUACCCAUAUUUUAUUCUGGUGAACCAGACACGGAGAUGGAGUUGAAAGUCUUGGGAGCCAUGGCGGCAAUUGGGACUAUUUUCGGUUCUGUUCACUUCCUCGCUGGUACGACAGCAGUUGUAGCACCUUGGAUGCCCUAUGUCUGGAUGUAUGCCGCGAUAGGCAUGACGACCGCACCUCUGCUCAUCCCUCUGUGUCAGGUUAUCCUCCUCGUCUUUGUAUACUAUGUCGGCGGAUUCCUCUGUCACAUUGUACUGGCGGACGGUAAAAAGGAGGAUUGGGAAGAAGCUAUUGUGGCCAAUCUUUUGCUCAAAAGUCUCCCUCCCGACGUCCUUAAGAUUGUUCCUUGGACCACUUUCCUUCUUUACGUAGGAUCGUAA